GGAAGACAUACCCGGCUCACGUGCCGGGGUGAAACAAGCGAGUGGAGCGCCAAGUGUAAUGACUUAAUGAAGCCAAGUUAACGUUUUGGCAAAGAAUGUGGCAGACACUUUUCUGUCUCCUUGGGCGGCUGUUAGUUGAGAUAUCAUUUCCAUUGUCAUUGUAACCCGCAUUGCCGUAACCGCUUGUUUCGGUUCUUUUUUGAGCCUUCCGUUGUUGUCGCAUUUAUUCAAUUCCGUCCACACCGCAUCGUCCUUGCCGCCAUCGCACACCCCGCCACGAUACGAACAUUCGGUGUCACCCCUGAAAAACAAAGCACACAACGUAAUGUCUUCCUAUUUCUCUUCCCUCACAUCCUCGUCGGCGAUCUCGAAUCUCGGCACUCGCCUGACGUCUCUUCGCCGAGCGAUCACACUGGGCGACGAGGCGGACGACCCAGACCACGAGGACUGCUCUCACAUCUCCAACGUUCUACGCGCCUACUAUAGCGAGAAAGGUCGCCCGUUUCCCGGUUGGCUUCCCCCUAACCCCAAAGCUCCAACGCCUGCGCCGGCCCGGACCAUUGCGACGACUCAAAUCCAGCCCGGCCCUCAUGGUUCGGCCCCAGCAACGUCGAUGUACGGGCGUGGUAGCGGUGGUGGAUUGGGUGAUCUGUGGGGUGAUUCAGGCUCGGCACAACCUCCCACCUCUCAAACGGCUAGUUUGCGACGAGGACGGGCUGCUGGUAGUAUGGGUGCACCGUUGGCGGCCACGAGCAGUGCGCCCCCGGGGUCUGUAGUAACACCGCCUAGUCACUCGCCUACCCCGCCAUCGCUGCACCCGGGCGGAGCGCGACCAUUGCCCAGCCAGCGAGCUGGAUCAUAUCAAUCGUUGUCCGGUUCUCAACCUCUAGAACGGGCAGCUUCGGCACAAGAAAGGCUUCGGGCUAGAUUACAUGGAGGCCGGUCGCCUAGUCCCGGGCAGAACCCGAACAGUCGGCCGGUUUCACCAUACUAUGGGGGCGGAUCGGAUCCUAGCGCACGAAAACCGGUUGGGGGAAGGAUGCGGUGAAAUUAAAAAAAAAAAAAAAA